UUCCGUGCGCAGAGUUCGGCGGUUUGCGUCUUAAGGUCGAGUUUCUUUCUCGUGGGCUGAGUAAGACUCAACUGGUAGGUUCACAGCGUGAAAAAUGAAUGCAAGACUGAGAUCAAGAUCUAGAGGAAGACCGGAUGGUCAAGAGUCUUUUGAUCCAUUUAAACCUGUGGUUGCCCAGCAACCAAGUGACAAAAAAACUGAAGAGGAACCACCAGUUGGGGGUCCGAAUAAUGAACCUGGACAAAAGAGAGGAGAGGGAGCACCUGUGGUUAAAGGUGAAAGCCAGAAAAUGGCUCUGGGAGAGACUCGUGAUGAGUGUGCAGAUGGCAGUGAUGGGGAGGAGAAGAUCCCAGCUAUUCUGGCACCUGCUAAGAUUCCAAAAGGUGAUGGCCAGUGAGACAUUAAAAAGAAGACAAGCCGAAGCCACACAUGCUGUUAUAUUGAUAAUAUGGCUUGUUCAAUUCUCUCAAUAAAGCUUUACAUUUGUCAUGCACA